GCGACGAUGGAUGUGGACUGCUAUUCUACAAAGAAGUCGGGUCGCGCGAUUGGUCUUAUCCUAGCUAGAGGAGGCUCUAAAGGAAUACGACUGAAGAACGUCAAGCUUCUAGCAGGGCGGCCUCUUCUCUACUGGAGCAUGCACGCUCUGCGCGACUCCGGUGUUGUAGAUGAGGUAUGGGUUUCUACUGACCAUGAUGAGAUCGAGCGAAUAGCUCGAGAUGGUGGGGCUCUGGUGCAUCGUCGUUCCCCUGAAGUAUCCAAAGACAGCACAUCAUCGUUGGAAUCGGUUAUGGAGUUUCUAAACGUUCAACAGCCUCAGUGUGAUAUCAUUGUUCGCACUCAAGCCACCUGUCCGUGUGUCAGACCAGAACACUUUACUGAUUUGAUGGAAAAGUAUCAUGCAUUUGGCUAUGACUCCAUGUUUAGUGUCGUACGACUUCAUUUGUUUCGAUGGCAAGAAGUUUCACCGGGAGAAAGAACACGUGCUGUAAUGUUUGAUCCAAAUAACAGGCCAAGACGUCAAGACUGGAGUGGCGAGUUGUAUGAAAACGGUGCCAUAUACGUGACACGAACAGAAUUAUUGAAGAGAGGCAUUCGACAAGGAGGCAAAGCCGGCUACUAUGAAAUGCCGGCGCAUCUGUUUGUUGAUAUUGAUGUUCCUGAUGAUUGGCCUCUGGCAGAGGAUCGUGUUCGGAAGUACGGAUAUAAUCCGGAUACAAAACAUGUCAGCAAUAACACAGAAGAGGAUUUAGUAGACAAAACUGAUCUCCCCAUGGGCAAGACAGAAGCUUGACUAGAAAUAAAUUAAACGCGCAUGCUUACUAGACUCGUGCCCAGUCCUUCUUCGUGCUAUGGCACAACACGUGUGAAACCACGUGGACUGUACACACGUGACACUUAGCGCACGUGGUGUAGUG